UGUCCUAUAUAUACAUAUAUGCAAUACUUCUUCCCGAUCAUAUUAUAUCCAGUAAAUGUUAGGCGAGAUGCAAGCAGUUGGCCGCCACCCGCACAGCCACCCUUCAACCACCGGUCUCCGCCGCAGCAACCAUCUUUCCGCCACCGCGAAAGUAUGUCCUGUGAUCCGUGCCUACCAAGAUGCGACUUUCGAAACUCACAAGAAGAAGUGGGGCUCAAACAGGGCAACGAAAUUAGCCGAAUCCUUGUCUAACUUCAUCAAUCUUCAAAUCGAGACGGCUAGUCUUGCCAAGCGGAACAAUAUCGUGGGCAUCGAUGACAAGGCAGACAUUCCUUUAAUGUCCCCCAAGGAAAAUAUAUCGGAGAAUUGGCGCGACCUCCAUGGCUGCCGCGAAUGGGAAGGCCUUCUCGAUCCGCUCCACCCGUGGCUCCGGCGAGAGAUCGUCAAGUACGGGGAGUUCGCGCAGGCGACGUACGACGCGCUCGAUUUCGACUACUACUCGGAGUAUUGCGGGAGUUGCAGGUACAAUCCCCAAAAGCUGUUUGAUAAAUUGUCGCUGAGAAGAAGCGGCUACAAAGUCAUAAAGUACGUGUACGCAAUGUCGCAGAUCGACAUGCCGGAGUGGCUGGAGACGUCGCGUUUGGUGAACCGAUGGAGCAAAGACUCGAACUGGAUCGGGUUCAUAGCCGUGAGCGACGACGAAGAAACGCGGCGGAUUGGGCGGAGGGACAUCGUGGUGGCGUGGCGAGGCACAGUGACGCCGACGGAGUGGUACGAGAACACCCAGAACAAGUUGCAGCCAGUCGGGCAGGGGGAAGCCAAAGUAGAACAGGGAUUCCUAAGCAUUUACACCUCCAAGUGCGAGUCAACCAGGUACAACAAAUCCAGCGCCUCGGAACAGGUGAUGCGGGAGCUCCGAAACCUGGUGGACUUGUACAACCAAAGAGGCGAAGAAACCAGCCUGACAAUCACCGGCCACAGCCUCGGCGGCGCACUGGCCGUGCUCAACGCCUACGAAUCCGCCGCCAACUUCCCCGGCCUCCCCAUCUCCGUCAUAUCCUUCGCCUCACCCCGAGUCGGCAACAUCGCAUUCCGCGACGAGCUCUACCAAAUGGGAGUCAAAACGCUACGCGUGACGGUGAAACAAGAUCUGGUCCCAAGAAUGCCCGGAAUAGUCUUCAACGAAAGCCUGCAAAAGUUCGACGAUUUCACGGGGACACUAGAGUGGGUUUACACGCACGUGGGAGCCGAACUGAAGCUCGACGUCCGAUCGUCGCCGUAUCUGAAACGAGGGUUCAAUUUCAUCGGAAUCCAUAUGCUGGAAACGUAUCUUCAUCUUGUUGAUGGGUUCAUAAGCACGAGUUCGACGUUUAGAUCGGAGGCGAAAAGGGAUGUGGCGUUGGUGAACAAGGAUUGUGACAUGCUGGUAGAUGAGCUAAGAAUACCGCCGAAUUGGUACCAGUUGGCGAACAAGGGCAUGGAGCGUAAUUCCCAUGGUAGGUGGGUAAGGCCCAAAAGGGACCCAGAAGACAUACCUUCACCGACCAUGUAAUGUAACCAUUAUCAACUUUGUAUAUUUUUAGCUUUUACUUUUGUGUUGGUCAAGCAAUAUAAAUUAGUUGGGAGUUGGGACACGGCAUUCACAAAAACGUGAACAAUGAUGGAACGAAGAAAAGCACUUGUUAUACC